AUGGACCCAGUAGACACAGUGGGCCCAGUAGACCCAGUGGACCCAGUAGACACAAUGGACCCAGUAGACACAGUGGGCCCAGUAGACCCAGUGGACCCAGUAGACACAAUGGACCCAGUAGACACAGUGGACCCAGUAGACACAGUGGACACAGUGGACCCAGUAGACACAAUGGACCCAGUAAACACAGUGGAACCAGUAGACACAGUGGACCCAGUAGACACAAUGGACCCAGUAAACACAGUGGACCCAGUAAACACAGUGGACCCAGUAGACACAGUGGACCCAGUAGACACAAUGGACCCAGUAAGCACAGUGGACCCAGUAAACACAGUGGACCCAGUAGACACAAUGGACCCAGUAAACACAGUGGACCCAGUAGACACAGUGGACCCAGUAAACACAGUGGACCCAGUAGACACAAUGGGCCUAGUAGUCACAGUGGACCCAGUAGACACAGUGGAUCCAGUAGACACAGUGGACCCAGUAGACACAGUGGACCCCAGUAGACACAGUGGAUCCAGUAGACACAGUGGACCCAGUAGACACAAUGGACCCAGUAGACACAGUGGAUCCAGUAGACACAGUGGACCCAGUAGACACAAUGGACCCAGUAGACACAGUGGAUCCAGUAGACACAGUGGACCCAGUAGACACAAUGGACCCAGUAGACACAGUGGAUCCAGUAGACACAGUGGACCCAGUAGACACAAUGGACCCAGUAGACACAGUGGAUCCAGUAGACACAGUGGAUCCAGGCCCAGUAGACCCAGUGGACCCAGUAGACACAAUGGACCCAGUAGACACAGUGGGCCCAGUAGACCCAGUGGACCCAGUAGACACAAUGGACCCAGUAGACACAGUGGGCCCAGUAGACCCAGUGGACCCAGUAGACACAAUGGACCCAGUAGACACAGUGGACCCAGUAGACACAGUGGACACAGUGGACCCAGUAGACACAAUGGACCCAGUAAACACAGUGGAACCAGUAGACACAGUGGACCCAGUAGACACAAUGGACCCAGUAAACACAGUGGACCCAGUAAACACAGUGGACCCAGUAGACACAGUGGACCCAGUAGACACAAUGGACCCAGUAAGCACAGUGGACCCAGUAAACACAGUGGACCCAGUAGACACAAUGGACCCAGUAAACACAGUGGACCCAGUAGACACAGUGGACCCAGUAAACACAGUGGACCCAGUAGACACAAUGGGCCUAGUAGUCACAGUGGACCCAGUAGACACAGUGGAUCCAGUAGACACAGUGGACCCAGUAGACACAGUGGACCCCAGUAGACACAGUGGACCCAGUAGACACAGUGGACCCAGUAGACACAAUGGACCCAGUAGACACAGUGGACCCAGUAAACACAGUGGACCCAGUAAACACAGUGGACCCAGCAGUCACCGUGGACCCAGUAGACACAAUGGACCCAGUAGACCCAGUAAACAAAGUGGACCCAGUCGACCCAGUAGACCCAGUAGACACAAUGGACCCAGUAGACCCAGUAGACCCAGUAAACAAAGUGGACCCAGUAGACACAGUGGACCCAGUAGACACAAUGGACCCAGUAGACACAGUGGACCCAGUAGACACAGUGGACCCAGUAGACACAAUGGACCCAGUAGACACAGUGGACCCAGCAGUCACAGUGGACCCAGUAAACACAGUGGACCCAGUAGACACAGUGGACCCAGUAAACACAGCGGACCCAGUAGACACAGUGGACCCAGUAGACACAGUGGACCCAGUAGACACAGUGGACCCAGUAGACACAAUGGACCCAGUAGACACAGUGGACCCAGUAGACACAGUGUACCCAGUAGACACAAUGAACCCAGUAGACACAGUGGACCCAGUAGACACAGUGGACCCAGUAGAUCCAGUAGAC